CUUGUCUACCAUACCAUUGUAGCAUCGGAUGAACUGAAGGACUUCCUGGCCAGGGUGAGGGGAGGGACCAUCAGAAUAGCAAAGAUUGUCAUCAGAGAUGAGGAACUGGUGCUAGGCGCAUACAGAGAACCUGCAAAGAGCUGGGACAAGGACUAUGAUCACUUCCUCCUUCCUCUGCUGGUGGCUCAGGAGCCCUGCUACAUCCUGUACCGCCUUGACACCCAGAAUGCACAGGGCUAUGAAUGGAUCUUCAUCGCUUGGUCACCUGAUCAAUCACCAGUGAGGGAGAAGAUGGUCUACGCUGCCACCCGUGCCACAUUAAAGAAGGAGUUUGGCGGAGGCCACAUCAAGGAUGAGAUGUUUGGCACAGUUGAGGAAGACCUGUGUUUCCAGGGGUACCUGCGUCACAUGUCUUCCUGCUCCUCCCCUGCACCUCUCACAGUAGCGGAGCAGGAGCUGCAGCGAAUAAAAAUCACAGAGGAUGAGCGUAGAAGGUUAAGCAACACUCCUAGAGGACGCGCAAAGGUGACAAUGGAGUUUGGUUUGGACAAAAGGCACCAGGCUCUUACAGGCCUGGUGUUCCCUCUACAGGAGGAGGCCAAACGCGCUCUGCAGCAACUCAAGCAGAAACGUAUCAACUACAUACAGCUGAAGUUGGACACAGAGAAAGAGACAGUCGAGCUGGUCCACACCAACCCCACAGAGACUCGUGAGCUUCCCUACAGAAUCCCUACUGACACACCCAGAUACCACUUCUUCAUCUUCAAACACUCCCACCAAGGACAGCAACAGGAGGCUCUGGUGUUCAUCUACUCCAUGCCAGGCUAUAGCUGUAGCAUUAAGGAGCGGAUGUUGUACUCUAGCUGUAAGAACCCCCUACUGGAUGAGGUGGAGAGAGACUACCGUCUAGAUAUCGCCAAAAAGAUUGAGAUUGACGGUGGGGAUGGGCUGACGGAGGAGUUUCUGUAUGAGGAGGUCCAUCCCAUUGAACACACUCUGAAGCAGGUGUUCGCCAAGCCACGUGGGCCUGGGGGGAAGAGGGGUAACAAGCGCCUCGUCAAGGGGGCCGGAGAGAACGGGGAAGAGAGCUAGAGAGUGACAGGAACAGACUCACACCCAAACCUCCACGUAUAACCUGGCCUCUUUCUCCUCAACUGUCUGUUUCUUACCUUGUGGAUCUGAUAGUGCUUAUUUUAAGAUAAAGCAACCUCUCAAGGUCUAUUUUUUAUGUUAUGCAACAUUACUUGUAUGUUCCCUUUUUCCACUUUGUCCAUCGUUUCACCAUCAGUGCCCUGGUGCCCAUACUAAAAGACACAUCACCUUGCCCUUCCCCGAAAGGACUGAUCACAGUCAGAUGAAGGUUCAAUCAGAUACAGGUUGAAUCAUGUCAGGAUGCUCAUUAUUUUACAUCAUCUUCCAAUAAAUAAAAAAUGAUUUAAUUUAA